CUGGCGUCUUCUGCACAUAAACACAGCGGACUGUAGCGGAACCCGGAGCUUCAGUGGUGUUUUAUAUCUUAUCAGAAUCAAGUGACAAUGUAUUACACUGCUGUCCAGUAAAACAGAAGAUCCAGAUGUGAUCAGCAGUUCAACGUCUCUGUGUUCAGACUUUUCUGGAGGAACAGCCUUAGCUGAAGCAAUGAAUGUCAUGCUGUUUCAAGUCUUCUCCUGCUCCUAAUGUUGACAAUAAGAAGGUUUCACAAAGAACAAAUGGACUCUUCUACAUCUUGCAGUCAAAUGCAGAAAAAUACAGAAGAGCAGAAAUCUUACCACUGCUCAGACUGUGGGAAGAGUUUUAAUCAUCAUGGUCAUCUCCAACAACACAAGCUCAUUCACACUGGAGAGAAACCUUAUCUCUGUUUAGAUUGUGGAAAGAGUUUUAAUAAUCCUGGGACUCUUCGAACACACCAGCGUAUUCACACUGGAGAAAAGCCAUAUAAGUGCUCAGACUGUGGAAAGAGUUUUCUUCAUCAAAGUUCUUUCCAACAACACCAGCGCAUUCACACAGGUGAGAAGCCGUACCAUUGCUCAGAGUGUGGGAAGAGCUUUAAUAAGCAGAAUCAUCUUCAGCAACAUCAGCGCACUCACACAGGAGAGAAACCGUAUCUCUGCUCAGUGUGUGGGAAGAGUUUUACUCAGCAGAGUCAUUUUAACACACACCAGCGCAUUCACACUGGAGAAAAACCAUAUCAGUGCCCAGAGUGUGGGAAGAGUUUUAAUAAUCAGGGUGAUCUCCAAAAACACCAGCGCAUUCACACUGGAGAGAAACCGUAUUACUGCUCAGACUGUGAGAAAAGCUUCCAAUAUUCAAAAACUUUUAAGAGUCACAAAUGCAUAAGGAGUGCUCACACAAAUGGGGAGUUACAUAUUUAAAACCAUUCCAUGUCUCAACACAGAUAAAAAAAUGUGUUACCUGUUUAUAGAGAGGGAAAAAUGCAAAGAAAUUGCAAAGGCUUUUCUAAAGAUAUCCCACUAUCUACAAUACAUAGUGUCAUCAAGAGGUUCAGAAAAUCUGAAGAUAUUCCUAUCCGUGAGGGCAAGGCAUUAAAAAUGGGCAUGAUUCUCUGCUGGACUGUUGACAUAUGGCUUUAUCUGAGCUCUAUAAGAUAAUAUAUGUUGUGAUAUGAUUUAAUGUUUUUCAUUAAAUGGUAAAAUGUGUCACUUUU